CUCCAUGCAAGAAAAAUAAAAAACGGGAUUUUUACGAAAUAUUUGAGCAGCCGUGAACAGAAUCGUUGUAUUUGUCACCAGCUGAAUAUAUCAAUAAGGUUUCAGCAAAAGCUUUUGGCUUUUUAUUUAUUUUUCCAUCGAUCAAUGAGGUUUACUUGCUGUCAUACUACUCGUGUGUACACCUGCAUGGAGCUAAUUUUGAAAGAUAGAGGAGACUGGUGCCGAGCUCAACACUGCUGACUAUAUUUACAAAAUUGCAAGACGUGUGUUCUGGCUAGAUUAACUAGUCCGUUCUCAGAAGAAAUAUUGGAUGAGUUAAAUUGUCUACAACUUAAUGACGUAUCACUACAAAUUGGAACAGACAGUUGGUUUAAAUAUCUCUGUUUAGUCGCCUCAGUUACAUGAGGAAGCCCUGCAUCAGUAUUUAUAUUUGGAUUGCUCAACCAGAACUAUAAUCCCAACGACGCAGCAAUAUUAUGAAAAUGCCACCCAGCAAUCACUUGCUUCCAAAUUUCGGCCACUGCUUGGUGGAGUAUAAAAACAUGCGCUUCUUGAUAAUGGAUCGUCCUUCUAAAGCAAACAUCGGACAGUUUGUUCAGGAGUUGAAAAAAUGUGAAGUAUGUGACGUAAUUAGAGUAUGCGAGCCAACCUACAACAGUGAGUUGUUGACAAAAGAAGGAAUCAAUGUCGUGGAUUGGCAAUUUGAUGAUGGAGCUGCUCCCCCGAAAGUUGUUGUUCAGUCGUGGUUAGAAUUUUUAAAAUCAAGAUUUCAAGAAAACCCAGGGGCUACGAUAGCCAUCCACUGCGUGGCUGGUCUGGGUCGCGCGCCAGUGUUGGUGGCGUUGGCGCUAAUUGAGAGUGGUAUGAAAUACGAAGACGCUGUUGAUUAUAUCCGGCGUAGGCGGCGGGGCGCGAUCAACAGUAAGCAGUUGGAAUAUUUAGAGAAGUACAAACCCAUGAAACUGUUGAAGGGGAAAGACAAAGAAAAGGGCUGUUGUAUCCAAUAACAUUUUAAAUUUAAAUAUAUUAUUUUUUCUUUUUUAACAAUUAUAAUCUUGGAUGUUCACAUGAUAUUCGUAUUUAGUUGAUAUUUAUUUUGAAAUUAGUUCAUCAGUAUUAAAAGUUAUGUAUUUUUCAUAGCAGCUUGCUCUGGUGGUUUUUUGAAACGUACUUAUUAUUUCCUUUAAUUUGAAUGUAUUUUAAAAUUUAGCUUUUUUUUUUUAAUUAUGAUUUUUUAAAUAUUACUUUUUUCAUUAAAAGGAAAUAUGGUUUUGAACAGA